UGCAGAGGAGGCUGCAGGGCAGGGAAUUGGGACUGCCAGGGAAUUUCACCUCUGUGUCAGUGAAAUCCCACCUGUGUGGCACCUGUGCACCGGCUGUGGCUGAGACACAGGGAGUGGCUGAAAGUGCUCAGCUCCUGACUGGGAUAAACUGCAACAGGUUGUGAUUUAUCUGUUGUGUUCUGCUGCAGGGAGAGGCAGAGUGGAAGGAUCAGGUCUUGUGAUGCUGCUGCUCAUGUUGGAUUUAAUUUUGAUGUUUUGUUAGUGUGAGGGUCAACUUUGCACUGUUACAAUUCCUAAUUCCAGGGGAAUUCCAAGGGAAAUCUGGUUUGUAAGCUUAUUGGCUGUAGUGUAGCACUCUAGGAGUUCAUAUCUCAAUUUCCUUCCUGAUUUAUUUGUGUUUUAACUGGAAAGUGCCAAGAAAGGCAGAACUACUUUUUACUGUCUCUGAGACUUGAACAGAAAACGAUGCAACAUCCAUCAGAUGUGGCAUUUGUUGCUUUUCCCCUUCAAACUCGGCGGGACUUUGCUGAGGGGUUGUUUGAGUGAUGCAGGGACGUGGCAGAGGCUGCAGGGUGCCCCUCAGCCCCGCUCACCUGGUUGUCUUUGGUGCAGGGAGGAGGCUCUGAGGACGCUGCAUAGGAACGCUGGGACGAUGGGUCUGGGAGGUGCUGAGCCCGAGGACCCCGCGAGCGGUGAGGCAGCGGCCCCAGGCAAGCACUACGUGUGCGGGUACUGCGCGGCCUUCACCAACAUCGCGGUGACCUUCCCCAUCCAGAAGGUGCUGUUCCGGCAGCAGCUGUACGGGCUGCGCACGCAGGACGCCGUGCGCCAGCUGCGCCGCGAUGGGCUGCGCACGCUCUACCGUGGCAUCCUGCCCCCGCUGCUGCAGAAAACCACCACCCUGGCGCUCAUGUUCGGCCUCUACGAGGACUUCUCGGCGCUGCUGCUCAGCCACGCGCGCGCCCCAGAGCUGGUGACGCGCAGCGCGGCCGCUGCACUCGCCGGCACCACCGAGGCCGUGCUCACGCCCUUCGAGCGCGUCCAGACGCUGCUCCAGGACUACAAACACCACGAUAAGUUCACAAACACUUACCAGGCCUUCAAGGUGCUGAAAGCCUAUGGAAUGAGGGAGUAUUACCGGGGGCUGGUGCCUAUUCUGCUGCGAAACGGGCCCAGUAAUGUGCUGUUCUUCGGCCUGCGUGGGCCCAUCAAGCAGUGUCUGCCUGAGGCGACCUCGCACAGCACCCACCUGGUCAAUGACUUCAUCUGCGGGGGGCUGCUGGGUGCCAUGCUGGGCUUUCUGUUCUUCCCAGUGAAUGUGGUAAAGACUCGCAUGCAGGCUCAGAUUGGUGGGGAGUUUCAGUCCUUCUCUAAAGUGCUUGUGAAGAUCUGGCUGGAGCGCGACAGGAAACUGAUGCGCCUCUUUAGAGGAGCCCACCUGAACUACCACCGCUCUGUGCUGUCCUGGGGGAUCAUCAACGCCACCUACGAGUUCCUGCUGAAGCUGCUGUGACCCCCAUCCUGCUUGUGGGGCAUUGGCACUCACGGUGUGUCUGGGCACACGCCCAGGGAGCAGGGCCUGUGCAUGUGACAGGUAAUUCCUCCUGGCCUUCCAUAUUUAUGGGGUGAAUGGUGAUAAAUUUAAACCUUGGUGCAAUUGUGAUGAACUUUUUAAAGUAUUCCUUUGCUGGCAGGUGAGUUUACCCAUAACGGAGCUCCUAGGCAAAUACAAGGUUUAAAAACAAAUAUCAAAAAUACUUGUACCAGUCUGUUAUUCAGUAUCACUCCCAAAAUUCCUUAACUCUCUGUGAUGGGAUGUGCUCCACUGCCCGCAUUUAGAACGUGAGAAUCAAGGAGAGGCUGAAGAAAACUGAUUCCAUUGCCUGAUCAACUUCCAAGUCUUGAUUCUGGAACUGCUUUUUCAGACCCUUUGGGUCUUCAUUGUGUCAAGCUCAAAGGACACAGAUGGGGAUGACUGAGGUGUAGAGCUCCCAGCUGCACCUCAGGCUGCUUGCAGCAGUGACCAUGUCCUCCAGCCGUGGCACUGACCAUGUGACCUCAGCCCAAGCUGGAUCUCUGUGUGUGUGUGUGCGUGUGUGUGUGCGUGUGCGUGUGUGUGCGUGUGUGUGUGUGCGGGUGUUGUGU